UCAUCACCUACCUGUGGAGACUCAGAAAAUUAAAUGGCGAGGAAUAAUAAUCAUCAAAACAACGAAACCAGGUUGAUCCUCAUCGUACUAUAUUAUGUUUUCUUGAUCAUCAUCGUCAUGUGUUGGGAAGUAGCUGCGGCAAAUGCGAAGAAGGUCCAGACGGUGUAUAUAUUUGGGGAUUCCACCAUGGAUGUUGGGACAAAUAAUCACCUUAAGGGAAGCACUGCCACUGCUAACAAUCCUUAUUAUGGGAUUGAUUAUCCCAACUCCAAAUGCACUGGCAGGUUCAGCAAUGGCUACAACACUGCUGACUAUAUAGCGAGCAUGGUUGGGGACUACAAGGAAAGCCCACCACCAUUUCUGUCACUCAUUAAAGCUAAGAAUCAUAAGAGUAAUUUCACCCAAGAAAUACAGCGCGGAGUGAACUUUGCCUCGGGAGGAUCUGGCAUCUUGGACCAUACCGGCUUCAAACAUUUUAAUGUGGUAAUCCACUUGGGGAAGCAGAUUCAGCAAUUUGCAAGAGUUUGUGAUGAUAUCACAAAGGCAAUAGGUGAAGCCAAAGCUCAACAUCUACUCCAAAACGCCUUCUACUUAUUGAGUGUAGGCAGCAAUGAUUUGUUCGACUACAAGAAAUAUGGCUCUAAUCUCACCGCACCCGACUUCAUUGAUUACCUCGGUGGUUCCCUUGCUAGCCAUCUAGAGAAAUUGUACCACCUCGGGGCACGAAAACUCGGGAUUAUCGGCGUGGCGCCGAUCGGGUGUUGCCCGUCGAUGCGUGAGUGUACUUCGGGUGGAGGUUGCGAUGACGAGGUGAAUGAAUUGGCUCAAAAUUUGUACAAGACGACUGAGAAGGUAUUGCAGAGUAUGAGUGCAUCGUUCCAAGGAAUGCACUAUUCAUUGGGGAAUUCUUACAACAUGACAAUGAAUGUUCUUGACCCAAAGUCACAAGUUUUUAAAGAGGUGAAGAAAGCCUGCUGUGGACAUGGAAAAUUGAAUGGAAAAGACAAAUGCACUAAGAAAUCCCAUCUCUGUGAAGAUCGCAAUGCAACAUUGUUCUUUGACUGGGUUCAUCCUACACAGUUGGCAUCAUCAUUGGCAGCUCAGCUACUGUUCGUUGCUGGACCUCCACUUGUUACACCAAUUAAUUUUAGCCAGUUGGCUGAUAUUCAAGUUUGAUCAAUGAGAUGAUGAUGAUGAUGAUCCACCCAAUCCUUGUAUUACAUUUGUUACUAUAUAUCUAUAUAUAUAUAUAUGUCUGUCUGUCUUCAAAUAAUUUGAGAAUAAUCAAGAUCAAACUUAAUUUGAUCUAAUUUUUCUUUCAUUUUUCAAAUGCGGGCUUCUUGUUUGCUAAAUGAUCAAUGAAUAGAAUUGUCCACUUAUUAAUUCGAGAGUGCCUUUUUAUGUCUGAUCGUUCAGAGUGGUUUGUUAACUCUCCCUCAUUUAUCUGUAGUGUCUUAUCUUUGAAUCUUUCAUAAUGAAAGUUUUGAUUAUGGUUUCAAAAAAUUAAUUGGCCAAUUUUAGGCAUUUGUUUA